GCCUUCUGGCAGCUCGCUGCUCCUGCUCCUGCUCCUGCUGCCGCUGAAGGUCAACCUUCAUGCUGCCAACGUGACCUGCUGACCCCAAUAAAGAUCCAGGCACCGGGAGAACCCGACGCUCGGGACGAGAUGGACCCGAACUGAAGCAGGCAGCGGUUUGCAUCUUCCUUGUGGCUUUCUCGCCCUCAGAGCAGCAGACGUCCGAGAGCUAAGUCAGCGACAUUGUGAGUUCCAGGGUCGCCAUGGUCCCCUCUCUGCACUGGCUCCUGCUGCUGUGGGGGCUUCAGGGUCUCCUGGCUCAGGACUAUGAGGAAGACUAUGAAGAAGAGGAGGUGACCCCCAAAAGGAAAAGCAAACUCUUUUCUUCCAAUUCCAUACCUCAGAAUGGAAAAUCUCUCGUCGCCGAGGACUGCAGUCUGGAGCUGGCCUUCCUGGUGGACAGCUCCGAGAGCGCCAAGGACAACCACGCCCAGGAGAAGCGCUUCGCCUCGGACGUGAUGGACCGCCUGCAGGGCCUCCGCCUGCAGACCGGCCGCGGCCUGGUCUCCCGCGCCGCCCUCCUCCAGUACAGCAGCCACGUCAUCAUCGAGCAGACCUUCAAGCAGUGGCGGAGCACGGAGGACUUCAAGGCCCGGAUCGCCCCCAUCGUCUACAUCGGACACGGCACCUACACCACCUACGCCAUCACCAACCUCACCCGCAUCUACCUGGAGGAGUCGCCGGUCAACAGCAUCAAGGUGGCCAUCCUGCUCUUCGACGGCGUCUCGCACCCGAGGAACCCCGACAUCUUCUCGGCCGUGGCCGACGCCAAGAACCAGGGCGUCCGCUUCUUCACCAUCGGGAUCACGCCCGAGGCCAACGAGCCCGCCAACGUCGCCCAGCUGCGGCAGAUCGCCAGCUCGCCGGCCUCCCGCUACCUCCACAACCUGCAGGACGACCGGAUCGUGGACAAGGUCAUCAAGGAGAUGACGGAGCUGGCAGACGAAGGGUGUCCGCUGGCCCAGAGCCAGUGUGCGUGUGAGAAAGGCGAGAGGGGACCCAGCGGCCCCGCCGGAAAGAAAGGUCGACCGGGAGAUGACGGAGGCCCCGGACCAAAAGGACAGAAGGGUGAGGGCGGGCUCAGUGGACUUCCAGGUCGAGAGGGAUCGGAGGGGAAACCAGGAUACAAAGGCGAGAAGGGAGAACGAGGGGAGUGCGGCACGCCUGGAAUCAAAGGAGACCGGGGUCCUGAAGGCACCGUCGGGCCUCAGGGAAACCGCGGACUUCAGGGUCUGCCUGGCCCUCUGGGGGACAUCGGACCUGAAGGCCCCAUGGGCAAAAAAGGGGAAAGGGGACUUUCUGGGCCACCUGGAAUUCAGGGGGAAACAGGAAUCGGCAUUCCGGGACCGAAGGGCGAUGUGGGUUUCCAGGGGCAGGUGGGACCACCCGGUCCGCCCGGACUGGGUGAACCGGGACCACCGGGACCUCAAGGGCCACAGGGAGUGCAGGGGGAGAGAGGGCCAUUAGGAGAAGGACUUCCUGGACCAAAGGGAGAGCGAGGCUUGGACGGGCCGCGGGGGCCCCGGGGACAGCCGGGCGCUGGAAUCAAAGGAGACAAGGGGGAUUUUGGACCACCGGGUCUUCCCGGGCCGCUCGCCCCAGGAGUGGGCAUUCAGGGCGAGAAGGGCAUGGAGGGUCCACGGGGGCCGCAGGGCAGCAGAGGCCCACCAGGGGAGGGAUUUCCUGGAUCCAAGGGGGACCAGGGGCUGCCGGGGGAGGUGGGCGCCCCUGGGGAAAGAGGGGCUGGAGAACCAGGAGCGAAGGGUGAACCAGGGUCAGCAGGGCUGUCGGGUUUACCUGGACUACCAGGAGAGGACGGAGCACCCGGUCAGAAGGGGGAGCCGGGAGCGACCGGCCUCAGGGGGCCGGAGGGGUCACCAGGAAUCGGUACCCAGGGCGAAAAGGGCGACCAAGGCCAGAGAGGCAUCAGAGGUUUGACUGGUCCUCCAGGUAUUGCUGGACCUUCAGGACCAAAGGGAGAACCAGGGGCACAAGGCAGGGUGGGUUCUCCAGGUCCGCCCGGGCGCUUCGUCAGCGGACCCAAGGGGGAUCCCGGUCCAAACGGUCCUCCCGGUCCCAUCGGGGAGACUGGCUAUGGACUUCCUGGUCCAAAGGGCGACCGAGGAGCUCCCGGUCCACUCGGUUCGGCCGGUCCUAAAGGAGACGGCUUCCCCGGCCCGAUGGGCCCUCCUGGUCUUCCUGGGCUUCCAGGAGAACCGGGCUCAGAAGGAGUGGGAAUCCCUGGACCCAAGGGAGACGUUGGAUUCAGAGGGUUACCCGGUUUACCUGGACCUCCAGGCGAAGGCCUUCAAGGACCUCCGGGAAACUCAGGACGACCUGGUCCGCCGGGGCCACCAGGGCCACAAGGACUGGGACUUCAAGGACCGAAGGGCGAACAGGGGUCUCAGGGCGUGGCAGGACCGAGGGGGGUCCCAGGAGAGGGUUUUCCUGGAGCUAAAGGAGACCGAGGCUCGGCGGGGGAGAGGGGGACGAAGGGACUCAAAGGAGACCUGGGGGACCCCGGGACGCCUGGACUACCUGGACGAGCCGGGGUCAAAGGUGAAGCAGGCCUCACUAGGGAGGACAUCAUUCGAAUGAUCAAAGAGAUCUGCGGAUGUGGGAUCAAGUGUAAGGAGCGGCCCAUGGAGCUGGUGUUCGUCAUCGACAGCUCGGAGAGCGUGGGCCCCGACAACUUUGAGAUCAUCAAGGACUUCGUGAACGCGCUGGUGGACCGGGUGACGGUGGGACGCAACGCCACCAGGAUCGGCCUGGUCCUGUACAGCCUGGAGGUGAGGCUGGUGUUCAACCUGGCGCGCUACGUCACCAAGCAGGACAUCAAGCAAGCCAUCAGGACCAUCCCGUACAUGGGCGAGGGCACGCACACCGGCACGGCCAUCCGCAAGGCCACGCAGGAGGCCUUCUACAGCUCCCGCCUGGGGGUCAGCAAGGUGGCCAUCGUCAUCACCGACGGCCAGACGGACAAGCGGGAGCCCGUGAAGCUGGACAUCGCCGUGCGGGAGGCGCACGCCGCCAACAUCGAGAUGUUCGCGCUGGGGAUCGUGAACACGUCGGACCCGACGCAGGCCGAGUUCCGGAGGGAGCUGAACUUGAUCGCCUCCGACCCCGACGACGAGCACAUGUUCCUGAUCGACGACUUCAACACUCUGCCAGCUCUGGAGUCCAAGCUGGUCAGUCAGUUCUGCGAGGACGAGAACGGCGCCCUGAUUUACAACCGAGUUACCAACGGCAACGGCUAUAAUGGCUACAACGGUUACAGCGGCAACAAUGGGAACAACGGCAACAGGAACGUCCUCAAUGGGAACUACGCCACGGGCGGCUACGGCUACAGACCCGCGACGGAUCAGAACGCUGGCGUCCGGCAGACCGGCACCGACAGCAUCGGCCAGGGAGGCCGCGUCCAGAUCACCCAGCUGGGCGGCGCGGCGGCGGGGGCGGGCUCCGGCACGGCGCACGGGGGAGGGUCGCGGCAGACUCAGACUGUGACCACGCAGUGGGGAACUGAGCGCGGGGACACGUUUGUCCGCAACACCGGAGGAAACACCUCUUCCUCCGGCAGCCGAGGCUCCUCCUCUUCCUCAUCCUCCUCCUCCUCCUCCUCAUCAUCAUCUUCUUCCUCUACAAAUAGAACCGUAUCUUCGUCAGGUGUGUCUGUGCAGCGCGUUCCCGCACCACGGCCAGCUCUUCCCAAAGAGACGGUCCCCUUGGACCCGCGCUGCAGUCUGGUCCUGGACCAGGGAACGUGUCGGGACUACAACAUCCGCUGGUACUACGACAAACAAGCUAACGCCUGCGCUCAGUUCUGGUACGGAGGCUGCAACGGCAACAGGAACCGCUUCGACACGGAGGAGGAGUGCAAGAGGACGUGCGUGCUCGCCAGAUCCACUGGAGGCUGAGAGAAGGCAUCUGCCACGCAUCUGCUGUAUGGAGGAGGGGCAGCUAGUUCUUCACAGAGUUACCAUCCACUUCUUUCGCAGGACUCUCAGGCGUUUACAUGCCCACUACUCUUCUCUCCCAGCUCCUUCUGCUUCACCGACUCUUUGUUUCCAGUGAAAAAGCUCCGCCAUCACUUCUACUCAGGAAUACAGACCAGUGACGUCCCUCAGGACUCGCAUCAGGAUCCUACCAUCCAAAUUCUUCUGCCAAGAUUGUGAAGAGACGAUCACCAGAGCCAGUAACACAGCAGACAUGAAGCCUCUUAUAUAUACAUGAUAUAUCAUUUGUUUUUAUAUAAAAUGUUGCUGUGUGACUUCAUUGAACUUUUUUUUUGCCCCCCCCGUUUGAGAAAAUGUGAUGUUUGGGUGUUUAUAUUGUUUGACUUGUCAGUAACACUGACACACACACACACACACACACACACACACACACACACACACACACACACACACACACACACACACACACACACAGGCAUGCACACACAUGCACAAACACACACACACUGCCCUCUACUGGGCGACACGUGUCUGAAGUUCACCUUCAGCCUCGGGAUGUUCCCCAGCUGUACUGACUCAUCUCAUACUGUACUGUGUGAUCCACCGUCAGCAAUAAAUCUGAUCUCAACCGACACACGAUGAAACUACGUUCAUGCUUUAAAGGGGUGUCUGGAAACCUCCUGUGUGGUCUGCAAGAGGGGAUUUUCCACAUUUUGGACAGCCAACGUCCCCAAAGUAAACUGGAAAAAUAUAGAUAAAAGUGGUUCGCAAGGUUAUAAAAUGUAGAAAGGCUUGAUUUUAAUUGGAAACUAUUAAAUCGCUCUCUCUCUCACACACACACACACACAUGCACACAGAGAGCAAGAGCAUGUACAGUGAAUUCCAAGAGAUUUGAUAAAUGUGAGCCUUUUUUUUAGCAUAAUUUUGACACCUUUCUGGGGAAUUCAUUGAGGUAUCUGUAUUCAUUUUAGAAAUCACUGAAUCAGUUUUCUUAUAUAAAGUGCCCGUUAAGCUGAGUAAAAUCACUUUAUUUUCAGUCUAAAUUUCGUUGUUGUAGGAGAACAUUUAGUUUUUGCAUGAAUUUGUGUAUUUCACUGCAAAUGCGUCAACUUACCAUUGUCGGCAAAUGUGAAAAAAAUUAGGAAGUUAAGAAAUAUACAAACACGGACUUUAUAAAGACUCGAACUGAACAUAAAGUGGGUAGGAAUGAAUAGAUACAAGUUUUUUUUUUUUCCUCAUUGAAACAAGUCACUUAUUUUAAUGAAUGCUAGUUGUUAGCUUAGCAUGUCACCUUUCAGGUAAAAUAUAGUGAUGUCACAUAUUAAAUGAAAGCGGUGGAACUAAGCAAUAAGAAUAUUUAAAUGUCUACAUGCUCCGAGCAUAAC